GCGAAGAAGAAGAAAGGCGGAAGUGACUGCUUCGAGUGCGGCUCUCUGUUUUUCAUGUUUUAAAUGAGGAAAUUUAACUAAAUAGCAAUGUUUUGUACGCAGCUCCUUCACGGAUUAAAACACCCGUGCGUCUCUCGGUCGUGCGCGAACAUCCAGGUUGCGGUGCUGCGUCACGCUGCGCAGCAUUCUGUCCGCAGUCUGACCGGCGUGAAGCCGCUCCGCGCGUGGGGAAGGUCACCACGCACACUGAAGCAGCCGCCCGUCUCUCUGGCCGCUCGCUGGCUCUGGUCUGCAGCUCCGCCUGAAGGCGGAAACCUCAUUUACACAGGAUCUCUGGGCACUGCUGUCCGCGGGGUGAAGCUGUUCUCGUACGGCACCAGCGGGACCAGCCUGGUCCUCAUGCCUCAGAUCCUCCUGAAGACGGGCAUCGGGGUGGACAACGUGGCGCUGCAGGUGGCGUUCUGCACCCUCAUCGGCAUCUUCACCUUCCUCACCCCGCUGCUCCUCCACCUCUUCACCAAAGGCUACGUCCUGCGUCUGUACCACCACCCGGACAGAGACGCCUACACGGCGGUCACCUACAGCGCCUUCCUCACCGAGACCCGGAGCGUCUUCCACCAGAGCCAGGUCCGCAUCCCGGCCGUCAGCAAGAUGUUCACCACCUUCUACGGCAACAACCGGGCGUUCCUGGUGAACCCGGACCACUUCGCUUUUCCGCACGACUACAACCACCUGAUGGGCUACGACAAGCCCUUCAGCUUCAGCCAGGAAGACGUGGACCAGCCGGACCGGAGCUGAAGGACUGACAGGCCCGGCUGCCACGGCUCCAUGACUCACUUCCACUCUGAUGCUCUUUGUCUGCAGAUUGUUAAUAAAUUGUGACUUUAUCGGCGUGAGCCCGUACCGUC